AUGAGCCGCCAAUUCACCUACAAGUCGGGAGCUGACCAAGGGGGCUUCAGCGGCUGCUCUGCAGUGUUCUCAGGGGGCAGCUCGUCCUCCUACCGGGCAGGGGGCAAAGGGUUCAGUGGUGGCUUUGGAAGCCGGAGUCUCUACAGCCUGGGGGGAACCCGGGGCAUCUCCCUCAACAUGGCCAGUGGCAGCGGGCGGGCAGGGGGCUAUGGGUUUGGUCGAGGCCGGGCCAGUGGCUUUGCUGGCAGCAUGUUUGGCAGUGUGGCCCUGGGGCCCGUGUGUCCGUCUGUGUGCCCUCCAGGGGGCAUCCACCAGGUCACCAUCAACAAGAACCUCCUGGCCCCCCUCAACGUGGAGCUGGACCCGGAGAUCCAGAAAGUGCGCACCCAGGAGCGGGAGCAGAUCAAGGCGCUGAACAAUAAAUUUGCCUCCUUCAUUGACAAGGUGCGGUUCCUGGAGCAGCAGAACCAGGUGCUGGAGACCAAGUGGGAGCUGCUGCAGCAGCUGGACCUGAACAACUGCAAGAACAACCUGGAGCCCAUCCUCGAGGGCUACAUCAGCAACCUGCGGAAGCAGCUGGAGACGCUGUCCGGGGACAGGGUGCGGCUGGACUCGGAGCUGAGGAGCAUGCGGGACGUGGUGGAGGACUACAAGAGGAGGUAUGAGGAGGAAAUUAACAAGCGCACAACUGCCGAGAAUGAAUUUGUGGUGCUCAAGAAGGAUGUGGAUGCAGCUUACAUGAGCAAGGUGGAACUGCAGGCCAAGGUGGAUGCCCUGGAUGGAGAAAUCAAGUUCUUCAAAUGCCUGUAUGAAGGGGAGAUCGCUCAGAUCCAGUCCCACAUCAGUGACACGUCUGUCAUCCUAUCCAUGGACAACAACCGGAACCUAGACCUGGACAGCAUCAUUGCUGAGGUCCGUGCCCAGUAUGAGGAUAUCGCCCUGAAGAGCAAGGCCGAGGCCGAGGCGCUGUACCAGACCAAGUUCCAGGAGCUCCAGCUAGUGGCCGGCAGGCAUGGAGAUGACCUCAAACACACCAAGAACGAGAUCUCUGAACUGACUCGGCUUAUCCAAAGGCUACGCUCAGAGAUUGAGAGUGUGAAGAAGCAGUGCUCCAACCUGGAGACGGCCAUCGCCGAUGCUGAGCAGCGGGGCGACUGUGCCCUGAAGGACGCCCGGGCCAAGCUGGACGAGCUGGAGGCUGCCCUGCACCAGGCCAAGGAGGAGCUGGCUCGGAUGCUGCGCGAGUACCAGGAGCUCAUGAGCACGAAGCUGGCCCUAGACGUGGAGAUCGCCACCUACCGCAAGCUGCUGGAGGGCGAGGGAUGUGAGAUGUCUGGAGAAUACACCAACUCCGUGAGCAUCUCGGUCAUCAACACCAUGGCGGGGACCACGGGCACCGCCAGCUUUGGUUUCAGCGGCGCUGGCAUAAGUUACCGGCCCAGCUCUGUCUCGGGGGGCUACGGCAUGCUGUCGGGGGGCUGUGUCACUGGCAGUGGGAACUGCAGUCCCCGCGGGGGCAAAACCAGGCUGGGGAGUGUAAGUGAGUUCAAGGACCCCCAGGGGAAGGCCUCCGCUCUGAGCUCCACUGCCAAGAAAACCACAAGAUAA